AUGGAUCACUUUUCAAUUUUAUUAAUAUUCUUUCUCUUACUAAUUUCAUUAAAAGGUACAAAUAUAGAAUUUUUGAAUCGUCCUAUCAUACAAACUUUUACAAAUUGUAAUAAUAGUGAUUCGUUUCCUCUUGAAGGUUGCUUUAAUUAUCAUUAGGAAUAUUUUGCAUCAUAAAUAAAUGAAAAUUGUCUUUUUUUCAUGUAGAAUUCAAAUCCUUUUUGCUUUGAAUAAGAAUAUGAAUUGGAUUAGUUCAUUAUCGAUUCCUUAUUCUAAUCAAAAUAAGAAAAUUCUACAUAAUCAUUAUUAAUAUUCUCAUAUUAGAUUCCAUUGUCUAUUUGUGGUGAUAAUUUAGUUUCUGGGGAGGAAGAAUGUGAAGACGGCAAUCAUUUUCCUUUUGAUGGAUGUUUUAAUUGCAAAUAUUAAUGUGAAUAAUUGUGUUUAGUAUGCAUAAAAGGAUAUUGCAUUUAGAAAGAUACAUCAGUAUAUUUUGUUGAAACAUUUAAUGAACAAAACAUUUCAAAGAACAAUAUUGAAGUGUCAAAAAUUUCUCAUUUAUUAGAAGAUGAUGAAAUUUCAUACAUUUUUAGAUGUAGAAUGUCUAUUGAUAAAAUUUGUAUUCUAUGUAAUGAUGGUUAUUAUCUAAAUGAAAUAACAAAUUUAUGUGAAACAAAUUGUGGAGAUUAUAUUAUUUAGGGAUAAGAAGAAUGUGAUGAUGGUAAUUAGGAUAAUCAUGAUGGAUGUUCAUAAUGUAAGCUAGUUAAAUAUGAUUAAUGUAAUCAAGAAGGAGAAAAUUUUUGUUCUGUAUGCCAUUAUGGAUAAUGCUUAAAGUGUAUGGAUGGAUAUCUUUUAUAAGAUUCUGCCUGUUUUUCGUAAUGUGGAGAUGGAUUAGUAAAUACUAAUAAAUUAGAAGAAUGUGAUAACCCUAAUGAAAAAGGAUGCAUUAACUGUUAAAUAGUUCCUGCUUAUCUAUGUUAUGGACCAACCUUCUCUAUUUGUUUAACAUGCGAUUAACAUUGUGAAUAAUGCUCAAAUAUAAAUAAUAAUCUUAUUUGUGAAAAAUGCUAGGUUGGAUACUAUCCUAUUGGUAAAAAUUGUGAAUUAUGUGAUUCAAAUUGCAUAACAUGUUAAAAUUCAUCAUUUCUUUGUACAUCUUGUUAUAGAAAUGAUUGUGAUUUUUGUGAAUCUUAUUAAGGAUUGUAUACGGAUACAGAAAUAAAGGCUUGUGUAUCCAUAUGUGGUGAUGGUAUAUUAGUUAAUGAAUCUGAAUAGUGUGAUGAUGGGAAUUAAGAGGAUGAGGAUGGCUGUGAUUCUACUUGUCAUUUAGAAGGAUAAACUAUAGAUUAUUCAAGUUUAUAAAACAUCAAAUAUUCUGGUCUUCAUUCAAUUGAUUUUUUGAUGGGGAAUGAAGAACAAAAAUUUUCAUUAGAUUGUCAAACUGUAGUGAUUAAUAUAGAUUCUUAUGAUUCAAAAUAAUUUGAAUUUAUUUCAACAGAUUAAAAUGGUAAUUGUAGAAUUUAAUUUACAUUCUAUUAAUCUAUUUAUAAAUACAAUAAAAUUCAUGUUAGAUUUACAUUUUAUGAAUCUAAAUCAAGGUUGUUAUUAAUGAUAUCAGAAAAUACCAUUUAAUUUGAUAUUGAACCAGAAGAAUUUAUUAUAAAAUCUGAAAAUCAAUUAAAUUAAGCUGAUACAAUAUCUUCUGCAUAAUAAUCAUUUGGAUUAAUUUUCUUAAUUUUGAUUCCUAUUUCAAUUAUUACUAAUUUAUUUGAUUAUUUAUGGGCUAUUUUAGAAAUUUUAAGUUGGAUUAAUAACUUUUAUUUUUUAAAUGUUCGUUAUCCAUUUAAUGUAGAAAUAUUCCUCUUAAAUUCAGAUUGGACUUCUAUAUUUAACUUUCCAACAUACCAAGAAUUAAAUUAACCUGAUUGUGACUAUUAUUUUAAAGCCCCUGAAAGAUUUGAAACCAAAGGUAUUAAUCCUUUAUUUUUCAAUAAUGCAUAAAUACCUUUCAUGUUUAUAUUUUCCUCAAUUUCAAUCUAUUUGAUAAUAAAAUACCUUUUUAUACUACUAUAAUUUAUACAAUAGAAUUUAAGAAUAAAAACAAAUAUCAGGGAAAAACACUUUAGUAUUUUUAAUUUGGAAGGUAAAAAAUAUUAUGAAAAAAAUAAAACAUAACAAAAUAAAUAAUAAGUUGAUAUUAAAGAUCAUAAAUUAUUUGACUCUUUAAUAAUAUUACUGAAUUCAGUUUAAAAAGAACUUAAAAAAAAAAUAAAAUAAACUAUUUCAUUAUGCUUAUUAGACAUAACUCUAGCAAUUAUGUUAUAAUUAAUUUAUGCUGAACAUUUAGAUGAUUUCAUUGUUGGUAUUAAUUAAUUAUUUGCAUUGCUUUCUAUUAGUUUAAUUAUAUUUCAUUUGCAUUAGUCGUAUUAAACUAUAAACAUCCAUAAAUAAUUAGCAGAAAAUUAAUACUUCAAAGAAAGGUAUGAAAUUUACUAUGAAAAUGUUAAUACAAAUUCAGCUUUUGGAUCUAAAUAUAAAUUUUUUGGAUUAUUAAGAAAAAUCUUUUAUAUAUUCUUUAUGAUUUUUUAUUACAAUGAACCAUUAUUGCAAACAUUAUUAUGUUUUAUUACAAGUAAUUUUGGACUUGCUUUGAUCAUAUAUGAGAAUCCCUACAAAACAAAAGCAUAAUUUACAUUAUAAUUUAUUUCAGAUUUUAGUUUAAGUUCAAUAAUAUUAAUUAUUGUAUUAUUUGCUUUUAAUGAUUAAAGAUAAGUAUAUUUUAUUGAGAAUAAUAAAGUUAUUUUUGGAUGGAUUAUUAUUGCUCUAGUAGUUUUAGCUUUAUUUGUAGAAAUUAGUGUACUGUUUUAUUAAUUAACAUUAUCUUUAUAUUCAAUUUUUAAAUUAUUGAGAGGGUUUGUUAUGAAUUUUAUUAAGAAAUAGAAGUUUAAUCCAUAGGAGAUAAAGAAUGAAAUUUAGGUUGAAAAAAAACAAUCAGAAUCGCAAUAGAAAAAUGAAUUAUUUAUAUUUUAAAUAUAGUCUAAAGUGUAAUAGAAGAUAACUAGCUAAAUGAAUUAAACUAUUCAAGUUACCUUAAAUAAAUGA